AUCGAAGCGAUUUAUUUUGCGACCAUUGGAACAGAAUGAUUGGAAAAGCGGAGCGUCGCGGUCGGCUCAAGUGAUUUGUUUAUUGCGUAUCUAUGUACAUACAUACAUGCACACCGAGUGGAAAGUUUUCAUUACCAUUUGUUGAUAUCACGUGUGGCAAUCCUGAUGCAGCAUCUGUCGCCGGCAAUUGGACUAAGUGGCUUAUGUUGUUAAAUACCAAUGUGAAAUACAACCGAAUUGUUUAUGAAACCUUGUGAAAUUCCGGGCUAAUUUACAUAAUCAUGCAGGCCAGUAAACUGCCACCCAAUCCGCGCGAGUCGGCAGGUAUAAUAUCCUCGCUAAUGUUCUGCUUUGCCCUGCCCAUUCUGUUCAAGGGUCGCAAGCAGACGCUCCAACCCCAAGAUCUUUACCAACCAUUAGAUGAGCACGGAGCCGAGAGUCUGGGCGAUGAGUUCUUUAGGGAAUGGGAGAACGAGGUGGCCCGGUGCCGGCUGAAGGGCGAUUCUAGCCGGAAUCCAAGUGUCCUGCGGGUCAUUGGACGCGUCUUUGGCUGGCAGCUUAUCAUAUCCGGCAUAGUGAUUGCCAUCUUGGAACUGGGAACCAGGGCCACGGUGCCGCUUCUUCUGGCCGGUCUCAUAUCGGAGUUCAGUGAGCAUGGAGACGGUAGUAGCUACUACGCCCAGCUCUAUGCGGUGCUCCUUAUAGCUUGCAUCCUGGCCAGUGUACUCCUCACACACCCAUACAUGAUGGGCAUGAUGCACCUGGCCAUGAAGAUGCGAGUGGCAGUGAGCAGUGCCAUCUAUAGAAAGGCUCUACGCCUUAGCCGCACAUCGCUGGGUGAUACCACCACCGGUCAGGUGGUGAACCUGCUCUCCAACGACCUCAACCGCUUCGAUCGAUGCCUCAUCCACUUUCAUUUCCUUUGGCUGGGACCUUUGGAGCUGCUGAUUGCCGCCUACUUUUUGUACCAACAGAUCGGAUGGGCCUCCUUUUACGGAAUCAGCAUCUUGAUACUCUAUCUACCGCUACAAACCUACUUAAGCCGAGUUACCUCAAAGCUGCGGCUGCAAACUGCCCUCCGGACUGACCAGCGGGUGCGCAUGAUGAACGAGAUCAUCUCGGGCAUACAAGUGAUUAAAAUGUAUACAUGGGAACGGCCGUUUGGCAAACUAAUCGAGCAGAUGAGGCGCAGCGAGAUGAGCUCCAUUCGCAAGAUGAACCUGUUGCGCGGCAUCUUGCUUUCCUUCGAGAUCACCCUGGGUCGCAUUGCCAUCUUUGUGAGCCUCCUGGGCUUCGUCCUGGGAGGCGGCGAUCUGACAGCAGAGCGUGCCUUCUGUGUCACUGCUUUCUACAACAUCCUGCGGCGCACUGUGAGCAAGUUCUUUCCCAGUGGAAUGUCUCAGUUCGCUGAACUAUUGGUCUCCAUGCGUCGCAUCGAAACAUUUAUGAUGCGUGAGGAAGCGAAUAUAAUUGAUAUGUCAGAGCUCCGGGAAGAAAAAGCGGAAGAGGAGCAGCGCUUGCUGGGAGGAGUCGAAAAGAAGGCAUAUCCGUAUCCCAUUGUAAAUGGAAAAGUACCUGAUGUCCUAGUGGAUAUCAAAGAUUUGAGAGCGAGGUGGAGCCUGGAGCAGCAUGAACCCGUGUUGGAUCACAUCAAUAUGUCACUGCACAGUGGCCAACUGGUAGCUGUAAUUGGACCCGUGGGAUCGGGAAAAUCAAGCCUUGUUCAGGCCAUCCUAGGAGAGCUGCCGCCCGAAUCAGGAUACGUUAAAGUGUCAGGCAGGUACUCCUACGCCUCGCAAGAGCCCUGGCUUUUCAAUGCCUCAGUGCGCGACAACAUCCUGUUUGGCUUGCCAAUGAACAGGCAGCGCUAUCGAACGGUCCUUAAGAAGUGCGCCCUGGAACGCGAUUUGGAGUUGCUCCAUGGUGAUAGCACCAUCGUCGGUGAGCGCGGAGCUUCGCUAUCCGGUGGUCAGAGAGCUAGAAUCUGUUUGGCCAGAGCCGUCUACCGCCAGGCGGAUGUUUACCUUUUGGACGAUCCCCUCAGCGCUGUGGACACCCAUGUGGGUAGACACCUCUUCGAUGAAUGCAUGCGCGGCUUCCUGGGCAAAAAGUUAGUGAUACUAGUCACCCAUCAGCUGCAGUUUCUGGAGCACGCCGAUCUCAUUGUGAUCAUGGACAAGGGAAAGGUCUCGGCGUGCGGCACCUAUGAUGAGAUGCUGAAAAGCGGACAGGACUUUGCGCAGCUUUUGGUGGAGAGCACUCAAAAUGGCGGCGGAGAUGAUGUGGGUGAAAAGUCUGCAAACUAUUCCCGCCAGAGCAGCACUCUGAGCAGUGGCAGUGCCAAGGGAAGCUCCUCAUCCCUAGAGUCCAUGGUGGAGAAGGAGAAACCAAAUCCGAGCGCAUCUCCGGUGCUGGAGUCCCGUAGUGGUGCUGAAAUUGGGUUGAGCAUGUACAAGAAAUACUUUAGCGCAGGCUGUGGCGUCCUGGUUUUCGCAUUGCUGGUGUUCUUGUGCACUGGCACUCAGCUUCUGGCAUCUGGCGGUGAUUACUUCCUAUCGUACUGGGUGAAAAAUACCUCGACUUCCUCAUCACUGGAUAUUUACUAUUUUACUGCCAUCAAUGUGGGCCUGGUGAUUUGCGCCCUCCUAAGGACCCUGCUUUUCUUCAACAUCACAAUGCACUCCUCCACCGAACUGCACAACUCCAUGUUUCGCGGCCUGUCUCGCACGGCUCUCUACUUUUUCAAUACGAACCCUUCCGGCCGAAUCCUCAACCGAUUCGCUAAUGAUCUGGGACAGGUGGAUGAGGUGAUGCCCGCCGUUAUGUUGGAUUGCAUACAGAUCUUCCUCACCCUGUCGGGCAUCAUCUGCGUGCUGUGCGUGACCAACCCAUGGUACCUGAUCAACACCUUAGCCAUGGUACUGGCCUUCUACUACUGGCGGGACUUUUACCUGAGCACUUCGAGGGAUGUUAAGCGUCUGGAGGCAGUGGCUCGGUCGCCAAUGUACUCGCACUUCAGUGCCACUCUCAAUGGACUUCCCACCAUACGGGCCAUGGGCGCUCAGAGGACGCUUAUCGGGCAGUACGACAACUACCAGGAUCUACACAGCUCGGGCUACUACACAUUUGUCUCUACCAGCCGUGCAUUCGGCUACUACUUGGAUCUUUUCUGUGUGGCAUACGUGAUAUCGGUGAUAUUGCACGGCUUCUUCAAUCCCCCUCUGCAGAACGCUGGACAGAUAGGUCUGGCAAUCACUCAAGCGUUGGGUAUGACUGGAAUGGUACAGUGGGGCAUGCGACAAUCCGCCGAGCUGGAGAACUCAAUGACCUCGGUGGAGCGAGUGCUCGAGUACAAGGACCUGGAGUCCGAAGGAGCGUUUACGUCGCCGGCGGACAAGCAACCGCCAAAGAGUUGGCCUGAAGAGGGUGAACUGCUGACAAAGGAUUUGAGUUUAAGAUAUGUGCCUGAUCCCAACGCGGAUCGCGUGCUUAAGGGUCUAAACUUUACGAUUAAACCCAGGGAGAAAGUGGGCAUCGUGGGACGUACAGGUGCGGGCAAAUCAUCGCUGAUUAACGCACUCUUCCGACUUUCCUACAACGAAGGGGCAAUAGUCAUCGACAAAAGGGACACAAAUGAAAUGGGUCUUCACGACCUACGCAGCAAAAUCUCUAUUAUACCGCAGGAACCGGUGCUCUUCUCGGGCACCAUGCGCUACAACUUGGAUCCCUUCGAGCAAUAUCCGGACGAAAAGCUUUGGAAUGCUCUAGAGGAGGUUCACCUCAAGGAGGAAAUUUCGGAAUUGCCGACAGGUCUGCAGAGCAGCAUCUCCGAGGGUGGGGCCAAUUUCAGCGUGGGACAGCGCCAGUUGGUAUGCCUGGCAAGGGCCAUUCUGCGCGAGAAUCGAAUUCUUGUGAUGGACGAGGCUACGGCCAAUGUUGACCCCCAAACGGACGCCCUAAUACAGACCACCAUUCGAAACAAAUUUAAGGACUGCACUGUACUUACUAUAGCCCAUCGUUUGAACACCAUCAUGGACUCGGACAAGGUCCUGGUUCUGGAUGCUGGUCAAGUCGUCGAAUUUGGUUCUCCCUACGAACUGUUAACGCAGUCGGAAGCCAAAGUGUUCCAUGGAAUGGUCAUGCAGACGGGGAAGGCUAGUUUUGAUCAUCUCCUGAAAGUUGCCGAAAAUGCCAAAGGAAACCAUAUUUAAAGCUAAAAGCCACAUUUUUAAAGUGUAAGGCUAUUGUCGGGCUCAAUUGUAAAUUGAUAUGGAGAGCUCAUAGGUAAAUGUGUCCUAUCUAAACCGUUUGUACUUAAAAAGUGAAAAAUGACAAUAAAUAUGUAACUAUGUAUGUAUAUAUUAGAAAUAAAUAAAACUAUAUUAAUCGAA